CAUCAGGUUCUCGAAAAUUUUGCAGCUAGUGGACGCUUUGCUUGUUCUCCGCGUAAUAAUCUUGAAUAUUAACACUAAAAUAAGAGUUUAUUGCAAUCCUCGAGGUGAAUCCAUUGUUUGUAACGAUGCCGGAAAAGCCUGUAAAACCGGAACCCAAAAGGGAUGAAGUUGAACUAGAAACUCAAAUAAUUAUGCGUAUGCCUGUGGAACCGGCAAGACUAUUGCGUGAGGCCAUCCAAAGUGGAGCGAACAACCUAAAGGAUAGACUCGCUAUCAGGCUGGAUAAUGAUCUCCGCUAUGGGGAAGUCCGCUUCGAUCAUUGGCUGCUGCACGCAAAGGUGGUAGACUUGCCAACCGUCGUGGAAAGCUUAAAGACAAUUGACAACAAGAACUUUUACAAAACUGCGGAUUUAUGUCAACUGAUGAUCUGUAAGGAGGAACCGGAUCAGCCUUCAGCAGAAGAAGAGUCCCCCAACAAAAACAAAAAGAAGGAUCCCAACAAGGUGGACAAGAAGUUUCUGUGGCCUCACGGCAUAACACCACCUUGUAAAAAUGUUCGGAAGCGUCGUUUCCGCAAAACAUUGAAGAAAAAGUACGUCGAAGCUCCGGAGAUUGAAAAGGAGGUGAAGCGUUUGCUUCGCGUUGAUAAUGAAGCAGUGAACGUGAAAUGGGAACUGAUUACAGAAGAUGAAGAUCCGAAUAAAACCAUUUCUGAUUCGAAGCAUGAUGGAAACGGUCCGAACAAAAGUCCCACCAAGGGUAACAAGAAAAGCCAUGCCAAUAAGGACGUCGGGGAGCACGACAUUUUCGGAGAAGAGGUAUCCGAUUCGGACGAAGAUGAGAAUCCUAUCAACAAGAGCAUCGACAUCGAUGAAAGCAGUCGCCUUUCAGCGGAGGCAGACGACAGUCGUUUGUCCGAUUCCAGCUCGUACAUGGGAACGCAAUCAUCGGACAGAAACGCCGUCACCGAGUUUAGCAAGGGAAUGUUCAGCAACAUCGGUUCCAGUGGGGGAUCACGCUCUCGGAAGAACGAACUCGGUUCUAAAUAUGAAGACAACUCUCGUUUGGAUUCUGACAAUGAAUCGACUGAUUUUGUAGCAUCAUCGAAGGAUUCGCUGAGCAGUCGGAUGUACGAAUUGAGACGUCAGCUUAGCGACUUGAAGUCGCAACGGAUUCAAAAAGAACAGGAAAUUAGAACCAUCGAAAAUCAAACACUGCGCCAACGUUUGCAGGACAAUUUGGACAGCCUGUUGAGCCAGAUUGUUGAAAAGGAGAUGGAGAUUCAAAUGUUAGAACAACCGUAAACUUGAAGGUAAGAUUUUCAUUUUAAAUUUUCAUAGUAUGUAUCGUAUUCUAUUCUUCUGAUUUUUUACAAAAAAAACGUCUCAAAAUA